CGAGGUUUUAGAACCACAACAUGUAAGCAAGAUGUUGAUGAAACAUAACAUGGCCUUAAAAGGCAAAUAACUGACAAGGUCAUCAUGGCCUUAAGCACAGUAUUUUUUAAUAUAGUGCCUACAUUUUAUGAAGUGACUCAUGGUCAGAGAGAGAAGUCCAGAGACUGGAGCAAUGACACUCUCUAAGUAAUUCCACGACUGGCAGCUGUGGUGAGCAGGUCCAUGGCGAUAUGAUCUCCAAAGUGUCAUGUCUGUAUCUCCUCACGGUGCUGUGCUGGGCCAGCGCUCUGUGGUACCUCAGCGGCACCCGGCCCUCCACCUCCUACAUCGGCCACAUGUCUGUCCCUGUUCGCAGGCAGCCUCCAAGAUUGUCGAAAAAUGUCACGUUCAGCAACAUCCGGACACGCAUGCUGAAUCCACACGCAUUCCAGUUCUUAAUCAAUGAGCCGAAGAAAUGCGAAGGCAACCCACCCUUUCUGCUCAUCCUCAUCAGCACCAACCACAAGGAGUUCGACGCCAGGCAGGCCAUACGUGAGACAUGGGGAGACGAGAGCACAUACAGUGAGGCUCGCAUCAUCACGCUCUUUCUGCUCGGUCAUAACCCUGAGCCGGUCCUCAAUCAGAUGGUGGAGCAGGAGAGCCAGAUCUUCCAUGACAUCAUCGUCGAGGACUUUGAGGAUUCUUACCAAAACCUUACACUGAAGACGCUGAUGGGAAUGCGCUGGGUGGCCUCGUACUGCCCUGACGCCAAGUACGUCAUGAAGACUGACAGCGACAUAUUUGUCAACAUGGACAACCUUGUGUUGAACCUGCUAAGACCCAACUCGCAGCCCAGGCAACGGUUCUUCACGGGCCAUGUUAUAAACGGAGGGCCUAUCCGAGACACUCGCAGUAAGUGGUAUAUGUCCAGAGAUUUGUACCCUGAGAACAAGUACCCCCCUUUCUGUUCCGGGACAGGGUAUGUGUUCUCUGGUGACAUGGCAGAGUUGAUCUAUAAGACUUCCCUCCAUACGCACCUCAUUCACUUGGAGGACGUGUACGUUGGGAUGUGUCUGCGUAAGCUUGGGGUGCACCCUAUCCAGAACAGUGGCUUUAACCACUGGAAGAUGAGCUACAGCCUCUGCCGCUACCGCAGAGUCGUGACCGUGCACCAGAUCUCACCAGAGGAAAUGCACAGGAUUUGGAAUGACAUGUCUAGUAAGAAACAUCUCAAGUGCUAACAUCUUUUACAUCACCAUCUAUAAUCUGGGAGGAGGUUCUACUAGUGUUUCAGUUCUACAGGAACCAACUGUGGGUCUGAAUCUUGUACUUUAUCAAGGUGGAGCAUUGGUGGUUUAGGGGUUAUGCCUCUAAGUUAGUAAUCCCAGGAUUUCCAGAAAACUAUGAUUGGAGCCUCGAGCAAGGCUCUUAACCCAGCUUGGAAUAGAUAGACAAAAUCUCUGCCAUGGACUGAAUAGAAAAUCUUUUCACUACAGCUGUACUUUUACCUGGUCUUGGUGUUUUUCUCUGGCUGAAAGUACUGAAAAGAUAAGUAUUGUUGCACCAGGCACAGAUCAAUGCACACUAUCACCGUUAUCUUACAAUGUACAACUUUGCUAAUCUGCGACUGUGCAAAUAAAUAUACACCAGCAAGGAUGGGAACAUAGGGGAUACUGUGUUAGAGCUUAAUACCAGCUCUGUCAGAUUAACUGCAUUAACAACAUUUUUCUUUAUACCUAGAUGCACUGAGAUGUAAUCGCUUUUUAGAUGUCCCACAGAGACACGUUUAAGCAUCUUUCAGCGGCCCGUUGAACGGAAAGAGCACAAUGCACAGCAAGAGUAAGCAGAAUCUAAACAAUAGCAGGGGUGGACAAAUAAUAAAUGAAUAAAUUGCUUGGCUUAGCCGAGCCACAUCAUGCUCCCCAGUCCUACGUUCAGUUGCCUGGAAACUUAACUGACUAGCAUAACAAAAGUCAUAGCAUACUAUAAUAACAUAUUGGCAAUCUAAUUUGCUAGUUAAGUGCAUUAAUACAGACAAGAGUAUAUGGUUAUUAUCCUCUUCUAACAAUUUGCAAUGUAGCUCAUGAUCUUUGAAUUUCUGCAGGUGUGGAAUGGCCAGAUCCCAUUGCAAAUAAUACUUCAGGUGGUAUUCCUUUAUUGCACACUGAUGGGUUUUGUUGUGAUUUGAUUAUGGGUAAAACAAGCUUUUAAUCGCAUUGUGUGAGAUAGAAUUUGUGAGAUAAAAAGUCGCAGUUGUGAAAUAUUAACUGGCAAUGGCAAGAGGUAAAGUCACAACUGGUUUGGUAUUAACCUGCAGUCGUGAUUAAAAAGGCUGUUGUGUGAAAAUAGCUCACAAUUGCAAGAUUAAAAGUCACAGUUGCAAGAUAAAUCUAUACAAUAUUUCCAUAUACAUUGCGGAAACAAGCUUCCAUAGUUAAAUGGCGGAUUUGCAUUGGAAUAUUUUCUUUGUUUCCUGAUUCUGAAAAGAGUUGUUUGU